CGCCUCUUUCCUUUGCAUGAUGGAGGAUUCAUACUUUGUUGCUGAGAUACAGAAAGGGCUUACAGACAAUGGAGUCCUGUCUUAUAUGAGAGGACAGAUAUGGAAAGAGGUUGCUGCAGCUAGAGAACUUCCAAGUGACGCUGAAGGACUGGAGAUAUUUAUAAGGAAAACACUACAGACCUCUUCUCUUGAGGUAGCUCUGAAGAAUGCAGUUUAUAUAGAGAAGUUAAGAUUAUCUGAGACAACUCCAUUUAUACUUCAAGCGAUUGGUCCCCUACCCACAGACUAUGAUCAGUUUGAACCAUUAGAAUAUGUCAGAGAAGCUCAGCUACAUUUACAUGACAGACUAAAUGGAGGAAUAAAGGCACUUCAUAAAAUAACAGGACUACCUCUUUAUGCCGAAAGGACGUCAGCUGAAAGUGAGCAAUUGCGAAAAAAGUGGCAAUCAAUAGGUUCACUGAAAUAUGAUCACAGUCAGUUAAAUUCACUGUAUACACAUGUAGAAAUUCUUAACUCUAUCAUACACAUAACUAAUCCAAACUCUUCAGUUGAUCAAGCUGUCAGUACAGGUCGAUUAGUGAAACUGCACAUGAACUGUAAAUCAUUAAUUAAUUUAAAGGACCAAUAUUCACAGCUUCAUCCUAGUGACUUUGAAGCAUUAUCCUCAUCAUCAGUGGAAACGAUCAUAAAGACUGGACUCUAUCAUUCAGCAUUGCAAGUCUGUAGAGUUGGAUGUACCAAUGAACACAGAAGCAUCAUUUGGAGUAUGGCACUUGGCAUUGACAUCAACCUACCUCAGCAUUCAUUUCAUCUUGAAAAUUUAAAGACUCAAGUUUUAAGAUAUAGGAUAUUACAAGAUGACCUAAUAAUUAAAGACAUUAAGACUGUCACUAUGAAUGACGUGGAGUUCUUUGUAUUUGAAGACAUCUUAGUUCAAGUCCUUCUCUGCUUAUUGAGAGACCAGAGUGAGUCAUUUGGUAGAAGGAGCUAUCACUUAUUACCAUAUAGGAAGUUUUCAAUCCUUGUUGGUCCUCUCUGCUACUUGUAUCAAGAUACAGAGAAGUUGUAUGCAAUGUUUAAAGUCAUGUAUUCAAGGUACUUUUCGCUAUUGCACAUUCUCACAUCAAAAGAAAAGGGUAGCAUUGGCCUCUGCUGUCUGUUUGAGAAUUUGAUGUUAUCAAGAAUUCCUGAGCUAUUUCAGUACCUCAUUCUGAUAGGAUCACAUCCGCUGAAGAUAGUUUUCCCUUGGUUCCUGACUGGUUUUGUUGGUUACUUAUCGGUAGAGCAGAUAUUCAUACUGUGGGAUUUUAUAAUAGGUUAUGAAUCGUUAGAAAUAUUAGCAGUUCUUGCUGCAGCCAUCAUGGAGUUUCGUGCUAAGAGUCUAUUCCAAGUAUCAUCAGCAGGAGACAUAGAGGCUGUACUGUCUGACUUAAGGAACAUAACCAUAUUACCUCUUAUACAACAAACUCUAUUUUUAUAAUAAUAAUAAUAUUAAACUACAUAACUCCGUUGCGUUCACAAGACGUGUUGAAUGAA